AUACAGGACAGUACUUAGUGAAUCUCAAAUCAUACAUGAUAUUUUAAAGUUAAACAGUAUCACUUUCUUCCCAUAAACUGGAUGUGUUUGUGUGUACGUCAAGGGUUAUCUGGGCUAAAACUCAAGAUCAGUAAAGAAUAGUAAGUUAAAAAAAGGUGAGAUAUUGUUUCUCUGUGUCGACUAAGCUGGUCUCAAACUCACAGAGAUCCACCUGCCUCUCUACUUCAGUGCUGGGAUUAAAGGUAUGUGCUAUAAAGAUUAGUGUAGAUUCAUAUUCUUCUAGAAUAAAUGGCUCUGUAUCAUCUAAUUUAGAGAUAUACACAAUAUUCAGAAAAUACUUAGACAUUGAAUUUUUCAUAUAUAUGUUACAUGGGCUCUAUUUUAACAAUUGUUUAGCAACAAAAUCUGAGCUUGACAUUAUAUCAUGUCACUUUCACUAGUGCUUACCACUUGAAGGUACAUACUUUGCUUUUGGAAAGUAGUGUAUUGCAAUACUAGCAGUCUUAAUCACUAAUUUUUUAGUGGUUAAUUACCUAAUAACUCAGCCAUUAUAUCUGUGGUAAGGAUUAAAUGAGAUGAGAUGAUAAAGACUUUCUUUGCAAUGAAGGAGCUCACUCCAUGUAGGUAGAAUCAUUUAUUUGAUGUUUUCCUCCUUAAAACAACUAUUGCUCAUCCCUAAAGAAUACACUCAAGCAAAUUUAGGGAGGGCUAAACUGACAAGGGGGAGCCAUUAAAGAUGAUGGAGAGUCUCCUUUUACUGUUGAGUCCUAGAUUACAGAAGUCACAGUUGUAUAAGCAUCCUAUAAAAAAAAUAACUUUGGAGCAGUACUUUCUUCAUGGCUAAGUGCUUUGAGCUCUGAAGGGCUAAUUUUAUCCACUGGUAUGCCUCUAUCCAUUUCCUCUGACCUCAGAGACUCUGAAGACCUACAGAAAGUUUCCACCUAGCCACCUGUCAUAGUCAGCUUUAGCUGUCAACUUGACACAAACCUGGAGUCAGCUGGCAAGAAGAAACCUCACUUGAAAAAUUGCUCAUGUCAGAUUAGCCUGGGGCAUGUCCAUGGGUCAUUUUCUAAACUGAUAAUUGAUGUAGAAGGGCCUGGCCCACUGGGCAGCAGCAUCCCUAGGCAGGUUAGGCCUGACCAUGUAACUGAGCAAGCUACUAGGAGCUAGACAAUAAAUAGCAUUCUUCCAUGGUCCAUGCUUUAGUUCCUGCCUCCGAGUUCGUGCCCUUGGUGGUGGACCUAUAAGCUGAAAUAAGCCUUUUCCUUACCAGAUUGCUUUUUAUCAUAGCAUCAGGAAAAGCAAACAAGAAUACCACACUAAGAAAUGUGGGUGUUUCCUCCUAGCUCCAUUUUUAUUUAAAGAAAUUUCCUUGUUAACACAUGGGAGGACCUGGGGUCAAUUAAAAAUGAAAUGGAUCACAAAGAUAAGUUACUAAUUUUUAUGAAUACUUAGAUUACUCAGCAAUAGCAUGAUGGAUCCAUGGGAUACUAGCUUUACAUGGGGACUGAGUAACAUUUUAAAUUAUUAUGUACAAUAUUAACCGAAGUGAUCUACUUCUUUGCAGCUCAGUUUCCUUACCUAUAUAGAGACCUGCAUUAUAAGAUCGAUGCUUCAGACAACAUAUAAGGUUGCUGAGAGGGUAGCAACAGCACAAACUUGUAAGCUCCAGGGCAUCUGAUGCUAUCUUGUUACCUCUGAGGGCACCAAGCAUGUGCAAAAGAUGCACAUAACAAACAGAGGUGAAACACUCAAAAAAUAUUUAAAAAAAAAAAAAGCAUGCUUCUGUCCAAUGCCAUGAUGGACUGAACUGGGCCAAGAGACCCACAUCCAGGCCUGCCUGGGCUUUGAGGAGGAAACAUGGGGCACUAUUAUGGUGAGCAAAUGUAUGGUAUGUUAUGGGGAUGGGGGAGAGAGAUUCAUUUCCUGUGGACAGAGGUUGUCUGAAUAGGUGAAAGGGGUUAGGACUGGGCUGAGGUGGGUGGCUUCAUUGCCACCCAGGGCCAGAGUGAUGUCUGGGCCUGGGCUGAUACAGGGGCCCAUGUCUAGGUUCAUGGCUCUCAUGCAGCCGCUGUCUGGGUUGAUGUCUGAGGCUCCUGAUACCACCAAAGGCAGAAAGGGUAAGGCUGUACAGAGUUGGUCCUGCCCCUCACUGGCUGUAACAUUAGGGAGAGCUGGUCCUGCCCCUCACCUGCUGAAGCAUUAAGGGAAGAGGGUCCUAUACCUCACCUCGGCAGCAUAAUAGAGCUGACCCUGUUCACAGGGGCGUGGGCAGGCUGGCCCUGAGGGUGUGAGAAUAGCAGAUAAAUCAGGCCCCUCUCUUGUGCCAUGUGGUAGUGUGGGUCAAGGAAAGAUUCCCUCCUCCCCUCACCCCUGGACACCUGCAGCAGGUGAGGAACUUGACCCAACCCCUCACCAGCUGUAGCACUCAAAAGAACGGGCCCUGCGCAGCACAGUAGAGUUGACCCUGUAGACGGGCACAGAUGAGCCAGUCCAUAGGGCAUGAGAGGGGCAUAGAUGGUACCGUCUUCCUUGUCUGCAGUGUGGUGGGGUGGGUUGAGGGAAAGAUGCCCUCCUGCCUUGCCUCUACUGCCUCCAGCUGGCAAGGGAACUGACCUUUCCCUUUGCCAGCUGCAACACUGGGGAAAGUACCCUACACCUCAUCUGGGCAGCACAGUAGAGCUGCCCCUGUUGAUGUGGGCGCAGGAGAGCUGACCCGGCCCCCCAUCUGCUGUAAGGAGGCAUGGAUGUAGAUGCCCCCCAUCGACAGCUGAGGUAGGUGGGAGAACUGGCCCUGAGGUAAUAAGAGCGGGAUAGCUGUCCCUGCCUGUAGGAGGCUGCUCAUUCAUUCCCAGCCGCUUAGACCUGAAACAAUCACUCAGAAACUAUGUUGUUUGCAAUACUGUUUGGCCAAUAGCUUAAGCAUAUUGCUACCUAGCUCUUCUAUCCUAAACUAACCCAUCUCCAUUAAUCUGUGUAUCACCAUGAGGUCGUGGCUUAUCGGCAAAGUUUCAGGGAGCUCCGGUGGAAGCCUUUGUCUCCUGCAGUGGUUAUAUGGCUUCACCCUAACUCUGUUUACUCUCUCUCUAUAUCUCUCUCAGCCUGGCUUUACUCUGUUAAGCCAUUGGCUGAAAGCAGUUUCUUUAUUAACCAAUGGCAAUAAAACACGUUCACAGCAUACAUCACCUCCCACAUCACCUGCCCCCCACCAGCAAGGCUAAGGAGGCCAGGCCCCUGCACCUCACCUGGGCAGCACAAUAGAGCCAAUCCCCUUGGUGGAGGUGUGGCUGAGCCAGGCUGUGAGGGAGCAUGGGAGAGCUAUCCUCACUAUACAUCAGUCAUGCAAUGGUGUGGGUUGGGGAGAGAUGACUCUCCUUACCAACCUCACCCCUUACUUCCUGUGACAGAUGAGGGAACUGACCUUCCCCCUUACUAGUUGCAGCAGUCAGGAAAGCUCAAAAAAAAAAAAAAAAAAAAAAAAAAAAAAAAAAGCUGGGUAUGAAGGUGCAUCCCAGCACUCUGGAGACAGAGGCACAUGAAUCUGAGUUUGAGGACAGCUUGCUGGUCUACAUAAUGAGCUCCAGGACAACAAGAGCUACAUAGAGUCUUAGUCCCCCAUCUCUUUUCUGUCUCCCCUCUCUAAACAUUAUAGUAUAGCAUGUGAAUUUCAAAAAAGAAAAAGUUAUAUUUAUUUUAAAAAUUAAUAUCAAAUGGAUUGGUAACUACAAAGGUAUUGAACUAGAGGACCACUCAUUCUUUUCUUCUUUAAGAAUUAGGUACAUUCCCAAUAAUUAUUAAUUGUGAGGAAAAUAGGUGCUAUAGAUCAAAUGUUUAUGCCCCUCCAAUAAUAUGUGGAAAGAUAAUCCCCGGUGUGAGGAUCAAGGUGGAGUCUUUGAGAAACAACUAAUUUGCUUAUUGGGGGCUCAGUUUAGGGUCUUAACUGGAUUAGAUCCCUAAAAGGUCCUCCUUGUGUGAGGACACAACCAAAAGUGCUACUUAUGACCAAGAAGCAGAGCCUCAUCAGACAUCAACUCUACUGUCUCCCUGGUCUUUGAUUUCAUAGUGUCCAGAACUCCAAGAAAUACAUUUCUACUGUUUGUAAUUCAUCCUGCCUAGGGUGUGCUGAUAUAGCACCCUGAAAUGACUAAUGGGGUUAGGAGGGCUAGAGAGAGGGUUUCAAUUGUUUGGGAAGUACCAUUAGUGAGCACACAGGCUUCUGAGCCAGACUAUGGAGGAGCAGAGCGUGGCUUCCCUGUUCACUGUAUGACCGUAAAUCAAUUCUUCAGUUCCAUCUGAAGCCAAGUAGAGGUCAUAUAUUGAAGUAUGUAAAAGUAUACAGUAUACAAAGGUACAACUGAAUAUAACCCCCAAUAAUCACAUAAUUAGGAAUAUUAUUAUUCUGAAAAAAAGUCAAGAAGAAUAAUAGGGCAUAUUUCAUAAAUUUUCUAAUAUUUAUAUAUACUUGGGUAAAAUCAUUUCCAUUUGAUUGCUAUGUUUGAUCUUCUGAUUUCCCAGUAAAUGAAAAUUAUAUUAUAGAUUUUCACAGAAUUUUCCAUGGCUAUCUUUCCAUAGCAUCAUGUUAUUGACAUAUUGUUUUCAAUGAGAGUGAGUUUCACUGCCAAUUACCAACAGAAUAUGCUCCAUUAUAUAGGAAACAUUCAAUCUUCUAACGUACCAAAAACUUAAGAUAUGAUUUAUAGCUUUAUCUAAACAACUCAAACACUAGGAGAGUCAUAUUACCCAUCCUGUUAAAAGUUUUCAUUUAAAUUUAAAUUCUCACUUACAUAAUGAGGUUUCAUGAAAACACUCUGUGAGAUACUGGCCUGGACUGUAUUAAAUGCCAAUGGAGUUGCUUGCUAUGCCGCAUUAUUAUCUUGCUGGGAUGAGGAAAACGGUCAUCACAACCAGAAAUGCUAAAAAGUUAAGCCCAGGUAAGUUCUAAAUUGGGUGUAAAAGCCACGAGAGCUAUAGGAAUUUAAAGGAUUAACAAUGCUAACGUGGUAAGCAGUACGGAAGGUAGAGAUGGGAAGAGGCGAUUUGUCAUUAACCCCAGUAUGGACAAUUGAUUUCUCGGUGCUUCCUGGGUUCCUGGAUAUGAACCAAUGUGAUUUAAAUGUCCUGUGCGAUCCCUGUAGACAUUUAAAUAAAGGGCCGGCUGUGAGGGGUAAACAAAUGAUUUAGGUGGCAGGUGUAAUCAAAUCAAAGAUGAUGGAAGGCUGGGUUGUUUCAUUGGUAGAGAAAUCAAACAUGGGUAAAUAACAAGGGGGAAAAGUCCACAUGUAAUUUUCUCACUUUUAUGAAGUGAUGUAAUAACGAACUUUUUCCUUCCGCCUGAACUGCCCUGUAACUUGGUUCGGCAUUUGAUGUUUCUCUGCAUCGUGGCUUAGGCUAAAGCCCAAGAGUGUUUGCUGCUUCUACAGCAGUGGGGAGAGUCUUUAGGUACAGAAGCAGUGGAAUGCCAAAGAAUAGCCCAGAACUCACAAAGCCAGUUGCAGCUCAGUGUCUAUUCGUUUACCAAGGAAGUGAAGCAAUACAUUGAUUUCUGCUCGGUAAGGCAAAAAGAAAAAGGAGAAGAAGAAAAGGGCCCAGAAAAUAAUUGCUAUUUCUGGAUUUAACCUUUUUGCACCUUUUUAUUUUAUUUGGAGAACUGAUCUAUUUUCCAGCAGGGAGAGGUCAGUCUGGAUAUACCAGCUUUGGGUGGGGACACCAGACUGCAUGGUAUAUGGUUCCUUGUUGGCCAGUGAUGUCUCUCAUCACCUCCCAGUCUUAGCUGAAGCAGGCACUACCCCUUCCUCACUAGAGGUCUUGGGGGAGUGCUGCUUUUCUUUAAACUCUAAUUCCCAGCCGCGCAUUUGAGCAUAACCAUACUCUGGGUGAGAGUCAAUUAAUUUCCCAAUGCAAAGAGCUGUAACACUUUGUUCUAAUAGGACCCGAAACAUUAAAUAUGCAGAAUUUAAGUCUCUCUUUGGUCUUACCGACCCAAGAAUUAACCUCAUUAUUCUGACUGUAGGAAGCUAAGAGACAGUGGUGAUUACAAAUACUUUCCCUAAGCUGACUUGAAUGGAUGACCGUUCUUCUUUCUAAGCAGCUACUUUAGAGACAGUAACUUAGCUGUCUGGAAAAGCUGGUAAUUGUUUCUGCCUUCACAAAAGCAAAUUCGGGCAAAUCUUUGUCGGUUUCAUACUCACAGGCAUGAAGCAGAAACCAAGAUUAUAACCCAAGGCAAAGCAGCAUUCAAAAUCCUCUGAGGUUAUGUUUCCUCCAGCAAUACCGAAGGGCUAAAUUUGUGCAUAUGGUAUUCGCGUGGCCACCAUAAGGAGCAGUUACUAUUCAUUUCAAGGUGAAUAAAUAUCCAAUCGCUUCAUAGACAUCGGCUAACAUAUACGAACAUUAAAAUCGUCACAGAAGCUGAAAUGAAUCUUUGGAAUGUCUCCUUUGCAUAAACAUAAAAACAGCAACGACACUUGUCUUUCAAAAUCGGAUUCUGCGCAAUUCCUCAGUAACCGCCAUGAAUUUGUGGACGAAAUAAGAAAGACCUGUGGCUGGGGAAUUCGUUUUUCUAUUUCCGAGAAGCUCGAUGAGAUCUGAUUUUAUUAGACAAUAGCUCCUGUUUUUAAAUGUAUUUUAAGACAAUGGUUUAGAGAAUGUUGAGAUUAAUUUAGAGAUUUGCGAAUACACAUUAAUAUAAUUUUGCAUCCGUUUGUGUAAACAAACGCAAUUUCCAGAUAAGAUUCAAUUUACAGCAUCGUGUAAAAAGACAAAAAGAAUACGUUGACUGACAAGCUUAAUUACCUGGGUAGCCAGUUCUCGCGCUACGGUUAGAUGCAGCUGCUACCCUGACGUCACAGGUUGCCAUGGUAGCAACAGCCCCGAAGGAAAAGGGGUGGAGCUAAGCACUCACUGCGGUGCUGCGCUGCGUCUGCAGAGGACGAGGAAGGCUCCUCUGUAGGGCUGACAUCUGCCAAAAUGAGCGGCUUGGAUGAGGGCAAUGAGCUCCCACUCGCUAACACCACGACCCCCGCCCAUGCCCCGGAAGAUCUGGAUCUGAACCGUGAGGAAACCGAGGCAGCGCGGGCGAUGGAGGAUGCAGGUGAGGCCGGUGCGGAGGGAGGCGCGCCCCCGGAUUCCCAGCACUGCGGCUCUGCGCUUUGCCUUGCAGUGGCUGAACAUUGCUGUGAUGCGGCAGCCGGAGAGGGGCUGGAGGAUGCUCUGUCCCCAUCAAAGGGCGGGGACGCAGCCUCAGUCCCUGUGGCAGCCAACGACAGCAAUAAAAAUGGCUGUCAGCCUGAAGGGCCGCGCAGCCCAGAUGGACCGAAAGCUCUGGAAGCCUGUGGUGCGGUGGGCCUGGGGUCCCAGAUGGUGCCAGGGGCAAAGAAAACCAAGGAAAUGACAGCGACCAAGUGUGCCACCUCUGUGGCCGCCGGGAAGGAGGGAGAAGCAGGGGCGGCGAUGCAGGAAAAGAAGGGGGUACAGAAGGAAAAAAAGGUAGCCGGAGGAGGGAAGGAGGAGACUCGUCCCAGGGCCCCGAAGAUCAAUAAUUGCAUGGACUCGCUAGAGGCCAUCGAUCAAGAGCUGUCAAACGUAAAUGCGCAGGCCGACAGGGCCUUCCUCCAGUUGGAACGCAAAUUUGGGCGGAUGAGAAGGCUCCACAUGCAGCGCAGAAGUUUCAUCAUCCAAAACAUCCCAGGUUUCUGGGUCACGGCUUUUCGGAACCACCCUCAGCUGUCACCAAUGAUCAGCGGCCAAGAUGAAGACAUGAUGAGGUACAUGAUCAAUUUAGAAGUGGAGGAGCUUAAGCACCCAAGAGCAGGCUGCAAAUUUAAGUUCAUCUUCCAAAGCAACCCCUACUUCCGAAAUGAGGGGCUGGUCAAGGAAUAUGAGCGCAGAUCCUCCGGUAGAGUGGUAUCCCUCUCUACUCCGAUCCGCUGGCACCGGGGCCAAGAACCCCAGGCCCAUAUCCACAGGAAUCGGGAGGGGAACACGAUUCCCAGUUUCUUCAAUUGGUUCUCAGACCACAGCCUCCUAGAAUUCGACAGAAUAGCUGAAAUUAUCAAAGGAGAGCUGUGGUCCAAUCCUCUACAAUACUAUCUGAUGGGCGAUGGGCCACGCAGAGGAGUUCGCGUCCCACCAAGACAGCCAGUGGAGAGUCCCAGGUCCUUCAGGUUCCAGUCUGGCUAAGCUCUUCCCUUGCAAGAAGCUCCUGCAGGAGAGUCCUACCACCUCCUCGGUUUGGCCAGCAGCAUGCAGCCUUUCGUCUGCUUUCUCUUCCUGUUGGAUUGUGUCCUUUGGUUCUUCUCAGUCUCUAGUAGUUUCAAGAUGGUGGCUUCCAAGUCUAUGCUUUCUUUCUCUUGGCCAUCACCGUGUUCUGCAUAGUGUUAAUGGUGUUCCAAGUGCAUGGCCUCCAAACUGCUUCUCAGCCAAGCUCACAGUGCUGUAGUUUGUACUGCCUUCCUUUGCAUGGCUUGGUUCUUGUCUGUGACCAUGUCUUCUUCCAGUUUUUUAAAAGUGGUUCUCUACCACAAGAAAGCUUGACAUAUCCUUCCCAAGAAUUUGCCAGGUCUCAUUCUUCCUGCCGUGUUUCUUAUUUUCUCUGGACUGUGAUGAACUGUGACUUUCACCACUGCAAGAUGGAACUGUAUCCCAACCCAGCCAUCAGCCCAUCAGGACAUUCCAACCGAUCCUAGCUGUCUUCCUGGGCCUUUGCUAUUUACCACUGAAGCAGGUGGCUGGUGGGUGACUACUAGGCAUGAGAAAAGUAACAGGCCGGGAGUGUUUUAUGUUACCACAUCGGUCUUGUACCUUUGGUUACUGUGCAUUGUGAUCAGCUACUGGUGAGUAUGAAGGCCUGUGCAAUUGCCCACUAGUUCUCUCCUGGUUGAGCUGGGCACAGGCCAACACUGUUCCUCAGGAACUAUCUAAGGACCCAAGCUCCUAGGCAGCACACAGGACCCCCGACUAUUACCCGUGACUCCGCUGGCCAUAGGGCAGGAUGUGUAGUCUCAUGGGGCAGUGCCCAAAGCAAAGCCCGAGUGCCUCCCUUCUGAGCCCUAGCCAACAAAUUACUCGGAAUCCAGGCAACUCUGUUAGGUAACGCCCCCUACUCCCGUGUCCACACCCACACUGAUUAUUAAGUCAUAGCUGCCUAGGUUGGGGUGGUUGGAAAUCAUUUGUGGCACUCCACACAGGGUUUGCUGCCUUUUUUUUUCCUCACUGACUCUUCUUUCUUCCUGUUCCCUUCUCUUUGAAGCAGUUACAGCCUAAAGGCAGAAAAACAAAACUGGCUACAGGUUUGUUUUUUCUUUCCUCCCCGGUCCCCAGUUGUGCCCAGGCAGAAAAAGGUACUGUCGUCUCUAAAUCUCUUGUCCUUACUAUUUCACCCUUCUCUUAGUAACGUCUGAAAAUUUCAAGGGAGGCCACCUCCACUCCCCCCUCCUCCUCCAUUCCACCAGAUGCUGGGUAUUUCUUCAGCUCUAGUUUGAGAAAGAAGAAUCUCAACGACUGACUGCAGCCCCUGAGCGAGAUGUGAACAAACACAACUAAAACUGCACCUGUUCCUAAAGACGAGCGGGCAUUUUUCGGGGCGCAGCCUGUAGAAUGACUAGAGAGUAGCCAUGUGCGCCAUCCCUGUUCUGCUUGUCUGACCUUGGUCCUUACUUAUCAGCUUCUGAAUUUCCUUCCUUGUUUCCAUCCUAACAAAGGAGGAAGCGGGCUGUCGAGUGCAUUGUGGGAGACUCCAAGCCUCUUCUGAGGGAUGGGGGAUGUAAGGAGUCUGGAUUUGCAGGGCUUGCUCCUGUGUGCACGCAGUUGUGCAGUGACAGCUCUUAGUUCUGAGCCUGAAGCUGUGGCCCUCACCCAUCCUCUUUCUGAUUUAAAGAACUUAUUAGAAGCUUCCCCAGAGCUCUGGAGGUCUGGAUACCUUCAGUAGAGCCCUAGAGAAGGACUAGAGUGAAAGGGGAGCCUAUUGCAGAGUGAGUUCUAGGCCUGCUGUGAUGAUUGAUGUCUUGCAGGAGCAUGGCUGGGGGCAGUGGUCACUGAGGCAAGUUUCUAGUGCAGAAUGGGGAGAUCAGAUGGGUUGGGAUUUAAAAAGGAUGCUUGGAGGAGUUUUUCCUAAUUCUCAACUUCGCCAAUAGAUCCUUUGUGAACAGAUCUAAGUCUGGGUGUUUUCUUCUCCAGAUUCUCGGAGUGACCUUUGUCUGUGGGAGAUCAACGGUGUGCACUCCUUCUCCCACUGUGCUUGACCAAACCCUAUUACUCCCUGUCAGCUGACUGGCAGAAUUGAUGUUUACAAGCCUGCCUUUUGCUUAUCAUUGAGAGCAAGUGCAAACAUUUGAAUAUCUGUCCUUUGCAGUACGAAGCCUCCGUGAAUAUUCAUUACUAGAUUAACUUAUUUUGGUGUCUAUUCCUAUAUAGCUGUAUUCUUAGAAACACAAUCCACAUAAUGUGAUCUUUGAAGUCCGAAGAUUUUGAAAACUGUUGCUAUGUCUUGUAAAAGUGAUUUCAAAAGAAAAAAACGUAACUUGUCGUACUGAUAUUUCCUGCUGUAGUAAUACUUGACACUAUGUUUUACCAGUGUGGGACUAGAACGGCCACCACACUAAAUGAGACUUAGUCCUUUGUCUUCUCCUGUGUGCUUGAAGUAAAAACAUGUUACUGUUAUGUUUCUUGUCUUCACCAA